AUGCUGAUAACAACAUGGGAAUACGUGGAAUGGCGCCGCUUCAGCGAUUCGGAUCCGCGACGGUAUCUGGCCAACUACGAUACUGUAUACGAACCGAUGCCCAUGCAGAUUACAUUGCCUCAAGCGUACUUGUUCUGGUUUUGCUGCUGCUCGUUUCCGUAUUACAUUUCUCAGCUCAUCUUCAUCGUGAUUGUAUCGCUGUCGUUGAUGCUGCGGGAUUCCUGCGAGCAGAUCAAUCUGGACAUUACCGCCCUGCGGGAGCAGAUGGAAGACGUUCACGCGUUCGGAAAACACACCCCGAUUGGGAAGAAAAUCCUGGAUGAUGUGGAGGAAAGAGUGUCCGUGUUGCGCCGGAUGCAUCUGGAAGUCGUUCUGUGCUGCGAAAGCGUGAAUAAAAUGUUUGGAUGGAUUUUGUGUGCCAUCUACGUGUUCAGCUUGGCGGUGGCUUGCUCGUUUAUUGCAGCAGCGGUUUCCAAUACGGAUAAACUAGCAAUCACGGCGGUGCUGAAUGUCGGCAGUGUGGUGCUUUUCGGGAGUUAUGCGAUUCUGUUUAUGAUACCAUUGGCACAAGUCCAUGAGCAGGAUAGCAAGCUGCCGUUGCGUCUUUAUCGCCUUACUGAUCAACUGCAAUAUCUGCCGAUGCAUACUCGCGUGUUUGCUGAUCUGAACCUUUUUUCAUCGGCCUGUCAAAAGUUCAACGUGAGCCUGUGUGCUGCUGAGCUCAUCCAUUUCAACAGAGGUCUUUUAACAUGGACAGUAACGUUUCUGGUUUCCGCUGCGUUCCUAGCCCAUGAGGUUGUUAGUCGAGCCGAAGACAGCCUGAUCGAAUAUCCCAACACGGUAGCGAAGAAUCUGACAUUACCAUGA